AUGCCUGCAAAACAGUUCUAUCUCCUCGGCGAGCCAGUCUCCUCCGCCAGGAACAUUGAUGUCGAUCCAGCAAGUAGUCUGGAGGAUCUAAAAGAUUUGAUUGCGGCUCACUUUGCAAUUGUUGAGUCAAGUGGAAUCGGGUUCCAAGCUCAAGACUGUGAACUGGACGAAACUUCGGAAAUCACGUCCGCCGAGGCGGAAAUUGCAAUCACUAUCGAUGGGCACGCGAUUAGAGACCCUCCAGGUCCCAAGGGACUGCCUUUCGUUGGUAAUUUCCUCGAAGUAUACCCCGAUCACCUUGGGAAUCACCAACGCCUCUUCGAACAAUACGGGCCGAUCAUCAAAACCACAACCCUCGGGCGCACGGCAUAUCAUACAAAUGAUCCAACUCUGGCAGCAGUCUGCUUCGCUGAGUCUGACUUCUUUACCAAGGAAAUCAAUGAAGCUCAUCCGCUCUAUCCCCUGAAGCAACAGGAGGCUGGUGUUUUCCUGGGUGACACACACACUCCCGAGUGGAAAGUUGCCCAUAAAUUCCUGCCCCCGGCCCUCGGUCCCAAGGCAGUCCGGCACUAUGCACCAAUGAUGCAAAAGACAGUGGAAGAUUCUUUCGAGGUUUUCGACGCCCUCGACGAGCAAGGCGAAGCCUGGAACGUCUAUCAGUACAUGCUGAAGCUCGGGUCUCAAGCUGUGGGCAAGCUCACUCUUGGUUUGGACUUCCAACACUUUUCAUCGCCGGAUACUCCUCUACACGAGAUGGUGCAUCUGAUUGCGGAACUUCUUUCUCUCAAUAAGAAGGUCUCGUCGAAAGGGGAUUGGUACGGUCGGCUGCCGUUCGGUGAUCCCCAACGGCUUCGGAAUGUUAAAUCCCGAAUCGAGGAGCUUGUAGGAGAUUCAAUCAAGAAAGCCGAAAGUGGUGGAGUUGAGGAUCUUCCACUUCAAGAUGCGGCGCUGAAAGCAUCCAAUAUGGUUGACUAUGCAAUCCGUGCGACAGACAAUAAAGGGGAGAAGCUCCCAAAGGAAAGCUUGGUGUGGGCUCUGCUUGUAGCAACGGGUGCUGGUUUCACGACAACCAGCUCUCUGCUGUCCUGGCUGAUUUACGGGCUCGUCACGUAUCCCGGAAUGCAAGAAAGACUUCUUCAAGAACUGAUCGACAAUGGCAUUGACGAAAACACGGAAAUCACGGCAGAUGUCACCGAGCGUCUCGAUUUCCUCGACAAAUAUAUUAAGGAGAUGCAGCGCCGUCACAACCCAAGUUUCCAGCCAGCGCGAACCGCCCGGGUAGACCUUAUUCUCCCAGGAGGCUACAGGAUCCCCAAAGACUCGGUUGUUCUCCCAGCCUUGCAUCAUAUUCAUAACAACCCCGAUUUGUGGGACAACCCACACAAGUUCACGCCUGACCGCUGGGAUACAGAUGAGGUCAAAAACCGGCACAAAGCAGCAUACAUCCCCUUUGCCACCGGGCAGCGAAUGUGUAUAGGGUUCAACUUUGCUCUCCAGGAGAUUAAAGUGUUCCUUCCGAAGCUGAUUUAUCGGUAUAACUUCAUCCGGGAGGGCGAUGGACCGAUUGAGUAUGACCCUAUGUUCCAGCUGAUUCGACCAAACAAUCUCUACGUCAGAGCAGAGAGAAGAGUCAAAUGGCCACCAACAACGGAAUCGUUGCAACAAGGUGAUCUGUGA